UUCAUUCAAGAUAUGGUCAGUCUGUAUAAAAUAGGUGAACACUUUAUAGUAUUGUGGGGGGAUGUUUAAAUUCCAGGUCUAACCACAAGAAGAUUGCACAGAGAUUUUGCGGAGAUUUUGAGAUUUUGCGUGGUUUGUCCUGAUAUACACAGGAGGAAAUCAAACACAUGCGCCAGACAAGUACUUUCUAUAUUUAUAUCCGCACUUGACUACUAUACAGUAUCACAUUCUUCUUAUAUCAUUGUUGUAUCUGUUGGCCCUGUUAAGUGCAUGUACUUUUUAUAAGUCGUUGGCACUGGACUUGCGUUAAAAAAAAUAAAGAACUGCGGUGAGCAUGUCAGGAAGUUUGUCUGAAGUACCAGUACAUAAAUAUAAUACGCACUACGGACAAUUUAUCCUGACAUAUGGACGUCCAGACUUGUUGAAGACAACUUGUGUAUGCAUGAAAAAAACCUGAAGAAGUUCAGAAGUCUUGAUGUAUACCAGCGAGUAUUCUUAUCCACACUGUGUAAAAAAUAAGGAAUACCAGAACAGUUGGUUAGGGUCUUAUCGUGUCAGGACCGAUGGUUCUAUCCCAAGGAUAACUUCCGUAGGAGUUCGCUUGCCACUUUGAUGGUCACAGGUGCCUUGUCGGAUUGAACAGGGAUGGUGAGAGCUAAGAUGGGCAAAAGUACCCAGAGCAGAACACUUUUCCAGAUAUUAGCUAAGGCUGUUUACGACAACUAUGCCGAAACACCCGAUGAGGUGGCAUUUCGUCGAGGCGACGUCCUAACGGUGUUGGAACAGGACACCGGGAGGAUUGGAAGGAUGGUGGCUAUGUUCCUUCCGUGGAAAACAGGGCAUCGCCCCGGGCAACCGAUUGAAGCUGAUCACGGGGAUGCAUGAUAAAGGAGAUGUAACUCUGGAUAACAGUCUGACAGACAAUUCAAGCUUCGAUACUGGCAAAAAGGGUACAUUGCCUCGGAGAAUGUCGGAUAAUGUCAGAGCUAUGAAUACAACUGACUAUGAUGUACCCCCUACACGAAAUGCAAAUGAUUCGUCGUAUAAUCAUUCGUUUAAUGAACAAACAAACUAUGACACUCUGCCUAGUGCUAGGAAUGAGUCUGGACUAAACUCAUCCAGUUUCGACCAGUCUGUAUAUGAUACGCCGCCCACACAUAAGUCUUACAGUUCUCAGCCGGACACUAUGUAUGAUGUUCCACCCAGUGGGGGCGAAAUGUAUGAUGUUCCUGCCCCGUCGUCCAACAGGUCUAGCAUCCUGUCCAAUCUCUCACACCUAUCUAACGAGUCAACAAUGACCUACAGCAGUAGUAAUUUUUCAAAUAAAAGUCAUAGCCACAACUCCAAUCCUGCAAGCAUGUGCGACUCUGCUCGUUCAAGUAUGGAUAUUUCACCGCAGGAUUUCUACGAUGUGCCACCCUCUCAUCAGGAAGGGCGGCAUACUACACUUAACCAUAACAAACAGCCCUCGGCUGAUUCGGGGCUCGAUUUAUAUGACUCGCCACCAAAAGUACGAACGAUGCCUGAGCCGGCAGAUCAGCAGGAUUAUGAUGUGCCACGCACAGACUAUGACACACCAAAGUCUAUCAGUGCUACAGAUACAGAAAGAACAUUGGAGCGUCAAAAGUCUCGUAAUAUGUAUGAUAUGUCAAAAAACAUUUGUUGUGAUAAACCAGAUCCAAAGGAACACGAUAUCGAUGAUGUAUAUGAUGUUCCACCUAGUAAUGCUCCAGUCCGGAGCAAAGUGCCUUUUCAAACCAAAGGAGAAGCAGGUUCAUCCAUGUUUAAAGGGGAUAGCAGCAUGCUGGACGGAACCCGCUCCCUCCUUAGUGACAUGAGUCUCAAGGUGGACCCGACAGGUGUGUACGAUAUCCCACCCCAGGUUACGCGAGACUCCAUGUUGUCAUCAAAGUCCGAGUCAUCCGAUGGCAUGGAUGACAAACGUCUGUCAAUAUGCAGUGUUGAUUCGCGGAGUUCAGAUAUCCCAAUUUACGAUGAAUUGCCGUUAGAUCUGGACGCAGCUAUGGACCUUAUGGUUAAACUCCAACAGGAUGUCCAACGCGCCACAACAAAACUCUCAAGUUUCGUGAGCAGUGUCUGGAGAACCAAAAAUAACCUUGAGCCAAAUAUCUAUGCCAUCAAACUGGCUUCAAACGGUGUGAAAAACUCACUGGACGAGUUUCUGGCCUUCGCACAAGGCACCUUGGCAAAUUCUGCUCGACUUCCUGAUAGUAAGCUCAUAAACAAACUGCACAAACACCUUCAUCCCUUACAACAGACAUUGGUUCAGGUGAAGGGAUGUUUGAAAAAUCUGGAAGAGAGCAACUGGCAGCUAGCGUCACUUGUUACUGAGGAUGCGUCAAAGAAUGAUGAUCUGGGUACCAUCGCCACUGUGUCGAAGGACCUAACUGUAGACGUGAGAAGACUCGUAUCAUUGAUUCACGGUAAUUCACCAUUGCUUUUUAAGCGAGCGUCCGAUAUCCCAGGAUAUAUGCCAGAACCAAGCUCAAGCAGUUCUGUGGAAACGUGUUCAGCUGAAUCCAAACCUCCAAUACAGCCUAAACCCCAAUUGCCACCAAAGCCUGGGGGUGGGGGGAAGCCUGGGAACUUACAGCACAGACCCCUCCCUCCUCCCCCGCCCAAGGAACGUCCACUACCACCGACACCUUCAGACAAGAAAUCUUUAGUGGAUGGGGAUAAGCGCAUAUCAGGUGAAUUCCAGCGAAAUUCAGAUGAUUUCCACAGAUAUUCCGCUGAAUUCAAGCGACUUUCGAUGGAGUUGAAAAACAAACAGAUCGAAAACAAAGAGAAGGAUCUUGUCGAAGAAUAUGAUUACGUUCAUUUAGAGGCAAGAGAUGUGGACGAGCAGAUGAAACGGAAAAAUAGUUCGGAACUAAGGGGAGAUGUACAUGAAAUGCCUGUGCGUGAUCCUAGUUUACCGGCCAAAACCUCAUCAAAUACAGACACUAAAACCAUGUCCGAUAACCAUAUUAUACCUACCAAUAUAGGUCAACCUGAUUCAGAUAUGGAAAAAGUCAUUGGACCUGUAAAUAUACGCUAUGAAAGUCCAAAAAUGACACAGACAGUGACACCAACACUUAAACUGGACCCUAAUGAUAAACAGGUGCUUUUCUUCUACUCCGGACAGUUGGAAACGCAUUCAACGCUCCUUAUGAAUGCCGUUGAUGCUUUCUUUGCUUGUAUAGAAAAAUGCCAAGGUCCAAAAGUGUUCAUAUCGCAUAGCAAGUUUGUGGUGGUGUCGGCUCAUAAACUUGUAUACAUUGGUGACAGUCUUCACAAAAAUCUCAUCAAUAACGAGAUAAAAAACAAGAUCAUGCACUGUGCAAAUAAUUUAUGUAACUGUCUAAAAGCAGCUGUAACCACGACCAAGACGGCUGCUCUUCAGUAUCCGUCGGUUCCAGCAGUACAGGACAUGGUUGAUCGAGUCACCGAUGUAUCCCAUGCUGUGUAUGAAUUAAAACAUGUGAUAUCUCAGGCCGCUGCAUUAUAGCAUCAAUUAAGUUAUAUAUAAUACUGAUGAUAUGACUAUUGUUUUUUGCUCUAUUAAAAAGUUGUUUAAAUUUCAGUUAGGAUAUUUUCCCAGUCAAGAUUGAAAAAAAAAUCAGCUACAAUGUAACAGAGGAAGGAGCCGUCCAAUGUUGGAAAGUAAAAUGUUUGCAGCUAAAUAUUUAUCUUAACAAUUGUUGGCAUUAAAUAUGACUAAAGGGAAGUAACUCUUACAGAUUUUUUAACAUGGAAAUUAAAUAAGGGGAGGUAAUUCAUCUAUUCUUUAAAUGAUGAUUUCCUCAGAUCUCAUUUCUGAAAAAAAAAGUGCUUGUCUUUUUUAAGUUUAUGAUUCUAUUGUUUAAUUUUUCUUGUGUUUUGUUUAAAUAUGUUUUGUUUGAGAUUUCAUGUUAAUGUCCUUGUAUAUGUUCAAUUAAAAGUACUGGAUGAUAUGCACCACUGAAAAAAAAUCAACAGAACAAGACACUGAACAUUAUUUGAAAAAAAAUAGAAAUGAUGACAUAAAGUUAUGUUUAUGUACAUCAAGCAGCACUUUUUCUGUUGCAACUCAAACUUUUUCUGAUGUGAUAUAAAUGUACUUUGCAGGUGUUCUUAAAUGUAGUUGAAAAUACAUAUACAUAAUGAAAGAAUAUCGCUGUUAAAAAAUUGAAACCAAAAUGAAAUAUAUUACAGACCUAUCCUUAAGUUUCUGUAUCAGGGAAUCUGGGGAACAUUAUAGAUAUAAAACUGACAAGUUUUUUGUUGUUUUUUUCAACAGAAGGAAAUGAUUUAUUACAAUGUUAGUCUUAUCAUUUUUGUUGCUGAUUAUGCACACACAUUUUCAAAUGAUUCCAUUAAGUAAUUUAUUUCAAUAUUUAUUCUGUUAUCAAAACCAUUUAGCCUUGUUUCAAUCAUGCUAUUUCUUAUGAUUACGUUGAUCUUAAAAGUAAUUUGUACAAUAAGAAAAACCCUGAAUGUUCAUUUGAUAGUCAAAAGUUUUAAGGCAGAAUUUUUCUGUGACUUCAGACUUCGUUACCAGCCGUAUUCAGAACUUAAGUUGAUCUAUGAAAUGAGAUCAGAUUGAGUAGGUGUUAUUUCAAAACAAAAUACGAGUUAUCUCCCCCUGAUAGUAACUCUUCAUAAUUGAAGGCUAGAAGGAAUAUAUUCUAAAAUAAGCCCCUUUCUCUUGUGCAAAAUUUUAGUUCAAGUUUCAGGAGAACUUUAGUUUGAAUCACACUUUGGUCAUUAUUUUCAAAUCAAAGAUUCAGUAAAAGUUAAGAUAGAGGUAUUUGUGGACAUGGGCUUGUUUGUGGAUAAAUAUGGAACUGAUGGAAUUAUUACAUUUUGUAUAUUGAAAAACCUGUGAUGUUGUGAAAAUAAUAAUAGGUGAAAAUGAUAUGAUUUUGUACAUAUGGAAAAUAUAUAUUUUAAUAUAACUUAACGACAAAUAAUUAAUGACUCUGCUUUUUGAUGCUGGGUUAAUUUAUUUGAGAAAUGGAUCAAAACUGUUGCUGUGUAUCAGUAUUUGACCCUAUAAUAUAUUUAUCUGUAUAACGCAGUCCAUCAUUGUACUAGAAAGUGCCUUUGUUCAAGUAUGUUGCCUUAUCAAUUAUGAAUCUUUAUCAAGACAUCCAGUAAAAUGUGUAUGUCAAGAGAAAAAUUAAAUAUCAAAUGUUAUAAUGUCAUCAUUUAUCAAAAACUGUUAUUAAUGAAAUAUUGAUUAAGGGAAGAAAGUCUAAUACAUAUAAAUUAUAAAUUUUCAUUUUCAUUACCAAUCUCAUUAUACUCCAUGGAGUUAUGGCUAAUGGAUACUAAAUAAAAAAGAAGCUUACACAAAACUUCAAAUUAAAUUUAAAAAGGGGAACGGGAGUUUAAAACAAGGAACAUUUAAGUUUAUAUUUGAAGUACAUGUAUUGGUAUUUCAUGAUUGAAGAUUUAGAGUCCCAGAAAUAUGGGGAACUGAUUGAAUGUUGGAUUGAUUGGAUUUCAGUUAUUUUUUCCUAAGUAUGUGUAAUAUUAGGUAAAACAUUUGAGUUUAUAUCAAAACCAUUACCAAAUUAAAUCUGAUCAAUUAUGAAAUACAUGUAUUGUUGAAAAAUGAAUUUUUAUUCUUAACCAGAAAAACAUUUCGAGAAAAAAUGAAAUUAUUUCUCCCAUUGAUAUUUUCAAUACUAAAUUGAAGUAAAUAUCUAAUGGUUUAUCAGAGGUUGACCUCAGGGUGACCUUAUGGUGACCCUGUUGACCUUUGUGUACAUGUUACUAUUUAUGUAGCUGCCAGAUAACCAAUGUAACCUGAUGUUUACGUCUAUAACGUUUAUCUGUCUACAUUGCUUAGCAAUAAAGUUACUUAUAACAUGAA